AUGUCGUCAAUGCCAAUGUAUCAACAACAACCUCCUCCACAGCAAUCCUAUGAUGAUUCGGUAGGUCCUGUGGUUGGUGUUCUAGUUGUGGUGAUUGUGUUGGGAGUGAUAGCAGUUAUGAUUGGAAGGCUGUGUUCUGGAAGAAGAAUCAUGGGGUAUGGCCAAUAUGAUAUUGAAAGCUGGGCAGAGAGAAAGUGCUCAACUUGCAUUGAUGGCAGAAUCAAUCUAUCACUGCCAACAAGGACCAGCGAAUCCACCACUUCAUCGGUUCCUGAAACACCAAUUCAUGCUCCUCAAGAAACCAAGCAACCAGAGCAAUCUUCUCACAACUCAUCAUCAUCAUCACCUCCUAAUACUCAUUGA